GACUUGGUGAGCCAUCGCAUGGGCGUGAAGGAGAUCGAGGAUACGCUGGUGUGGAUACCAAGUCUGGAAACCAUCAACGUUGACCGGCAGGUGAGUCCGGCCUCGGUCGCUGAGGUGGUGUCGCAUCUAGCGGGAGAUCAUCACCGCCGGCUGGUCUCAAAGCGCGUG